AUGGGCGAUAACGUUUCAGAGGCGGAUAGAAUCCGCAACAAGCGUCUAGCUAAGCUUGCGAACUCAUCGCCGUCGGCGGAAACAAGCACUGAACAGCCAUCCGCACCCUCUACCCCUCAAGCCCCAGAGGCACCAUCGCAAUCACGGCCUAACAAAAGCACCACACCGUCCACAUCAAAACCAGAACAAGAAGAAUCAGAAGGGAAACGGAUCAAGAUAACACCUGCAGCCUCAUCGCCCGCCCAGCAACCGCAAUCCAUAACCCCCGUCUCAAACACCCCGCCUCCCGCGAAAGCUGAAGAUACUCUGGAAGCUUUCGAAGACCGGACAUUGAGCGCUGUAUUUAAAAUUACAUUGGACGAGAAUCGACAGAAGGAUAUCCACGGGCAGAGAUUGACAUUUAUUCCCGGUGUGCGGAGUGAACUACAGGACCAGAACCGGGGAUUGCGGAUUGAUACCUCUAUUCUAGACCAGGCUCUUUUAGAAGCGGCAUCCAGCCAGCCAGAUGGGAAACCUUUGGAUUACCUAUUACCAUGCUGGAAACGGGUAUCGAGACUACACAAGGGGUUUCGGAGGGCCCACGCCGAUGACCCUAAGUUCGAGGUGAUUUGUGAGGCUCGGCGCUUGUGUAUGAGCUACUCUGUGUUUGCUCUUACCAUGCCGGAGAUGUUUGGAGUUGAUCCAUCGGGAUGGUCGCCUCUCAAACCCUAUCUCCUUCUAGACCCCGAAGAUGACAAGGGAGUUGAUCUUGAUUUCUUAAGCGAAGCUGUCAAGCGGUUUGGAGAGGAUGAUUCUGUCAAGCCUGCUUUUAUUGCAGCUGUUGAGGAAUUGAGUAGGGAGCUUUCCUCGUUGGGGAUUGGCGAUGACUACAAGCCAUAUGUAACAGCUUUGCGAAACCUUGUUCGGCACUCUGCAAUUGCUUCAGCUAUCACUGAGUCGUCUAUCUUCAACGAGUCACGGGACCCUGCCUCGUUUGAGAAGGAGACUCUUCUUGGACCAUGGUUUCGCUUGUCUCCCCUUGAAGGUAGCGCUACCAUGUCGUUUUUCUCGAGUCCCAAGACAAGGGACCAAAAUUACAUCUUGAGCGCACAGCGAUCGAUCCGUAUGGUACAGGAGUUGCUUAGCUCUGAUCAUCUCGAUAUAAUCAACCAUAUGAUUCGAGCCUCGACAGAUGCAAGAAACAGAGUUCUAGACUGGUUUGGAACCGCGUUAAAUAUUAACCACAAACGGCGGGCAAUGCAGGUAGACCCAAAUACCGUAUCCUCUGAUGGGUUCAUGUUCAACCUUACCACAUGUAUGGACCACCUCUGCCAACCCUUCAUGGACGCGAAUUUCACCAAGAUCGACAGGAUUGAUAUUGAGUAUCUACAUCGAAACCCUCGGGUUGAUAUGAGGGAUGAAACUAAAAUUAAUGCCGACCAACACGCCUCCGAUGCAUUCUAUGCAAAGAAGUCCGAAGGCACAUCAAAUUUCAUUACUGAAAUAUUCUUCCUGACCGUUGCUGCCCAUCAUUAUGGAAGCGAAUCCCUGACUUCUAAACUAGAAACGCUUGAGAAAGACCUGAGACACAUGGAAACUACUCUUGCUAAGCUCGAGGCAGAGCGGCAUAAGUGGUCGAGUAACCCGGUCCAGCUUAGGCUUUUUGAAACACAUGUAAAGAGAUUCAAGGACAAAGUGGACAUGGGCCUGGCUUUGAAGUACAGUCUUCAAGGUGUGCUGUUUGACGAUCAAUGGCAGUUCCGGUCUAUGACAUUCAUGCGCUAUGUUGUUGUCUGGCUGCUUAAGGUGGUUUCUGGCAAGAACUUCCCUAAGGAACAACUAACAUUGCCUCUUCCCCAAAAUCCUCCUGAAGUUUUCAAGUGUCUUCCUGAAUACUUCCUGGAUGACAUUAUCAGCAACUUCAAAUUCAUCAUGUGGUGUAUGCCGCAGAUCAUCACUGCCACCCAAGGCGAUGAGCUAGUCAUGCUUUGCGUCGCCUUUUUGGAGAGCUCGGAGUACAUCAAAAACCCUUACCUAAAGGCUGGCCUCGUUUCAAUCUUGUACCGAGGGACAUGGCCUCGCCCUGGUGGUGCCACGGGUGUCCUGGUGGACCUGUUGAACUCCAUGCCUUUCGCUAAUGAAUACUUGCUACACGCCUGUAUGAAGUUUUACAUCGAGGCCGAACAUACGGGUGCGCACACCCAAUUCUAUGACAAAUUCAACAUUCGGUACGAGAUUUUCCAGAUUAUCAAAUGCGUCUGGCCCAAUGCGCUCUACCGAGCAAAGCUUCUCAACCAAGCCAACCACCACCUGGACUUUUUCGUUCAGUUUGUCAACCUACUCCUCAACGACGUCACCUAUGUGCUUGAUGAAUCUUUUGGUAGUUUCAAGACGAUCUACAACACUCAACUAGAACUUCGCACAGAAGGGGCUAACAUGGACCCCACAGUGCGUCAGGAAAAGGAAGAACUUGUAUCACAGGCGCAACGCAGUGCCAAGUCGUACAUGCAGUUGACCAACGAGACCAUGGCCAUGCUUAAACUAUUCACUGAAGCCCUAGCAGAUGCCUUCACUAUGCCAGAAAUCGUCCAAAGACUGGCGGACAUGCUUGACUAUAACCUGGAUGCCAUGGUUGGACCCAAGAGUUCUAACCUGCGAGUCGAAAACUUGCACGAAUACGGGUUCCGACCACGAGCACUCCUGAGUGAGAUUGUAGAUGUGUACCUGAACUUGAUGGGCAAGCAGAAUUUUAUCGUUGCUGUUGCUCGAGACGGGCGCUCUUACAAACCCGCCAACUUCGAAAAGGCUGCAGAGAUCCUGCGCAAGUGGUCUCUCAAAUCUCCUGAGGAGCUCAAGAGUUGGGACCAACUCCUAUUGAAAGCCAAGCAGGCCAAGGAGGAAGAUGAACAAGCAGAAGAGGAUCUUGGAGAGAUUCCAGACGAAUUCCUUGAUCCUCUAAUGUACACAUUGAUGGAGGACCCUGUGAUUCUUCCUGCGUCGAGGAUGUCCCUUGACCGCUCCACCAUCCGUUCUCAUCUACUGAGCGAUCCACACGACCCCUUCAACCGAGUACCAUUGAAGAUGGAGGACGUUUUACCUGAUACCGAGCUCAAGACGAAGAUCGAGGACUUCAAGCGGCAAAAGAUUGCCGAGCGACGAGGAGGACAGGGCCAGGCGGCAGCCGAGGCGAUGGACACAUCCACUGACUGA